AUGAGUCGAUACACUAGUCGUGGAUAUGGUGGUGGGUAUGGUGGCGGGUAUGGUGGUCGAUAUGGUGGCGGGUAUGGUGGUCGAUAUGGUGGCGGGUAUGGUGGUGGAUAUACUUCUGGACUUGGAGGAUAUAUGGGCUAUGAUCCAGCAAUUAAUAUCUUAGUACCUUGGACACCACAAUUUGGUGCGGCUUAUCAACAAUUCCUUGGUCUUGGUUCAGGCAUUGGUGGACUUGGUGGUAUUGGUGGACUUGGCGGUCUUGGUGGACUUGGUGGUAUUGGCGGCCUUGGUGGACUUGGUGGUAUUGGCGGCCUUGGUGGACUUGGUGGAGGACUUGGUGGCUAUGGAGGAUUAGGUGGCUAUCCAUUAGGAUUUGGUGUUACCACCUAUUAA